AUGGAUGAUAUUGAUUUUUCGUAUGAAGGUUUUGUGAGCAUUGUUCCUGACCGUGGCAUUUUGAAGAAAAUUCUAAAGCAUGGGCAUUCACCCUUUCCACCGUCUCCUACUGAUUUCGCUGUUAUGCAUUAUGUUGGUUGGUAUCAUUUUGGGGAGAAACAUGGAGAACUCUUCGACUCUAGUCGUGCUAGAAACAAACCCAUUAGCAUUCCAAUCGGUUUUGGUCAUCCAAUUAAAGCUUUUGAUGUUGUUGCACAAAGUAUGAAGCUUGGCGAAAUUUGUGAAAUUAUUGUGUUUCCAGAUUACGCCUACUACGAUUCACAAACUCGUCGAUAUGAAAUAGAACUGGUGGACUUUUAUGGCUCAUAUAACUGCUGUGGUCCCAAUUCACCUAUUUUAAUUUCCUGUACCAAAGAAGGGAAUAGAAAUGUUUCUCCACUUCCCGGUGAAAAGGUAACAGUUCACCUAGAGGCUUAUUGCAAUGAUGAGUUGUUUGAUUGCCGGGAUGAGAGUUUUAUAAUGGGUGACUUUGACGGUUCUCGUCUCCCUGAAGGGCUCUGUAAAAAAUUAUUCUCUUGUAAUGAUGGUGGAGAGUACAGAUUCAAAGUGACUAAACCGAUGUUGGUUACACCAAUGGAGUGUGAAAAACGCGGUAUACCGGAAGAUGCAAUUUUAUGGUAUAAUGUAAUUAUCAAAACUUGCGAGUUACGGGAGCGCCCCAAUAGAUCUGCUAGUUCCAAAGAAAAUAUGGCUGCCCUUUUGUCCAUGAAAAAGAGAGCAAACGAGUUCUUUAAGGCCGGGAAAUACAAGUUAGCAGAUUACAUGUAUAGCUCUAUUGAGUGUUUGGGAUUUCACAAUUGUGAUCGUGAAGACUACCAAUAUAUUCGCAGUACCACUUAUCAAAAUCGUGCGCUUUGUCUUCUUAAACUGAACCUACCCAAUGAGUGCAUAAGAGCCUGCGACUGGGCUCUCAAGAAGGAUCCACGCGAUGAAAAGUGCUUGUUCAGGAGAGGGCUGGCCUAUAUCAUGAAAAAUGACUACAAUGAAGCUGAGAAGUGUUUCAAGAAAGUGCUUGAGGUGAAUGCUGAGAACGUAGAAGCAGAAACGAAGUUGAAACUAUGCAAGGAACUUCUUUCUAAAGAGGGCACUCGCGAGAAAGGUAUAUUCAACUGCGCCAUGGAACAAUUGGGAGACGACGCGUUUAGUGGUGAUGCAGACUAG